CUUCCACGCGAACCCACACGCUCGCUCGGCUAACAUCGCGUUGCAUACUGUCUUGCCGGAUCCUCAGGAAGGUCGCUGCUCCUUGACAGCGCAUGCGCCGGCUGAACCGGUCACGUGGUUUCUUAGGAAGCGGCAGCGGAACUUGCGAAGGAAAACUCAGACGUCUCCUACCCGACCUCAACACCCCGACGCGGCGGCUGAUGACGUGUAGCGCGCGGCAGGCGCAGUGCCUGACGCAGGGCCACCUGCCCUACUACGACGGGCGCUGCUUCGACCCGCUGGAGCGCGGGCCGUGCCCGGCGGGCGAGUGGUUCACGCUGGAGCUGGCCGGGGCCGGGGCGGGGGCGCUGGAGGGGCGGUGCGUGCCGCGGCCGUGCCCCGAGGGGCUGCUGCCGGCCGACGGAGGCCUGUGCCUCCGCGAGGAGGAGGCGCGCGAGCGCGUGUGCGGCGGCGGGCCCGUGCACUUGGACCCUGCGGGACGCCCGCGCUGCGGCGCGCGCCGCGGCUGGCCGCCCUUCCUCAGCGCCUACGUCACGUGCGUGCAGCACGACGCGCGGCGCGACGGCUCCAACGAGUGA